CCGCCACCCGCCCCACGCACACCCCACCCUCCCUGACCCUGUGGGACUCUCCCCUCAGUCUGCACUGAAGCUGCCCAGCGACCAGGAGUUUGGAGCAGGUCCUGGCUGACGACGCCGCCCCGAUGGCCUCCAGGCUCACCCCGCUGGCCCUCCUCCUGCUGCUGCUGCUGGCUGGGGAUGGAGCCUCCUCCUCAGAGCUGCAUGGUACCAACCACAGCUCCACACAUCCAGAGCGCUUCCAAGAGGAAGGCAAAGAGAGCGUCUCAGAGGGAGAUAAACCCAAGAAUCUAUCUGUUCAAAGCACCGUGGACUCUCCCACCUUGCUGGAAAUUAACUCAACCAUAAUAGCCAAUUCCACUCUUGAAUCCACGCAGCCCACGACUCAGUCCAGCCAGCCAACCACCCAGCCCACUACUGAGCCCUUAUGCCCAGGACCCGUCACCUCCUGCUCUGACUUGGAGAGUCAGGUGGCAGAGGCCCAGCUGGGGGAGGCUCUGAUGGAUUUCUCUGUGAAGCUCUACCACGCCUUCUCCCAGAUGAAGAAGGCUGAGACCAACAUGGCGUUUUCCCCAUUCAGCAUCGCCAGCCUCCUCACGCAGGUCCUGCUUGGGGCUGGAGACAACACCAGGAAGAACCUGGAGAGCGUCCUGUCCUACCCCGAGGACUUUGCCUGUGUCCACCAGGCCCUGAAGGCCUUCUCGUCCAAAGGCUUCACCUCGGUCUCUCAGAUCUUCCACAGCCCCGACUUGGCCAUAAGGGACGCCUUUGUGAACGCCUCUCAGAGCCUGUACGGCGGCAUCCCCAGAGUCCUGGGAAAUGAUAGUAAUGUCAACCUGGAGCUCAUCAACACCUGGGUGGCAGAGAAGACCCACCACAAGAUCACCCAGCUGCUAGACAGCCUGCCAUCCGACACUCGCCUCGUCCUCCUCAAUGCUAUCUACCUGAGUGCCAAGUGGAAGACAGCCUUUAAACACCAAAAAACCCGGUUGGAGCUCUUUCACUUAAAGUCCUCUGUGAUAAAAGUGCACAUGAUGAAUAGCAAGAAGUACCCUGUGGCCCAUUUUACUGACUCGACUUUGAAGGCCAAGGUGGGACAGCUGCAGCUUUCCCACAACUUGAGCUUGGUGAUCCUGAUGCCCCAGACCGUAAAACAGAGCCUGGAAGACAUGGAGCAGGCUCUUGACCCCACCGUCUUCAAGGCCAUCAUGAAGAAGCUGGAGUUGGCCAAGUUCCAGCCCACUCUCCUGACGAUGCCCCGCAUCAAGGUGAAGAGCAACCAGGACUUGCUGGCAAUCAUGGAGAAACUAGACUUCUUUGACUUCACUUACGACCUCAACCUGUGCAGGCUGACGGAGGACCCAGACCUGCAGGUGUCUGCAAUGCAGCACCAGACCGUGCUGGAGCUGACAGAGUCUGGUGUGGAGGCAGCCGCAGCCUCAGCUGUCUCCGUGGCCCGCAAUUUGCUGCUCUUUGAAGUACAGCAGCCCUUCCUCUUCCUGCUCUGGGACCAGCAGCACAGGUUCCCUGUGUUCAUGGGGCGGGUAUAUGACCCGAGGGCCUGAGAUCUGCAGGAGGCCAGCCCAGGUGAGCCCCACUGCUCAGCCUCAGCUCUCCCCAGCACAGCCCUGCGGCCACCUGCCUGGACUUGGCUCCAGGUUGCCCCCUGCCUCAGGUGACCUCUGCCCUCCACCUGAAGGGCUCCCUCAGGGUCUGGUGAAGAGACCUGCUUUUGUCAUCCCUUGCCUGUGGCUCUCCAAACCACUUUUUGCAGCUUUCUCUGGUUCAUGUUCACCAGACUCUACAAAUAAAACCUGGCAGACGAUGA